GCGAGUAUUGUAACGGAUCGCAGGUCACGGACGCUUGGAUUAACGGUACUGUUGCCCUCAGUGUCAGCUGUGAGUGAGUGUGCGUGUGUGUGACCGGUCAACAACAAAAAUAAUUAACAACAAAUAAAACAUCCACUAAACCCCGAAAAAAAAACCAUCUCGUGCAUGAGUGGUUAAAAAAAGUGCAUAAGUGUAACAGUUGAGAGUUCGAAAAAGCCAUUUUCGAAACGAUAUCAAUGGAAAUAUGAUCGAAGACAGCUGAUAAACAGCCUGCAAAACAGCAUUUAACCAAAACAAAGCGAUCUUAAUAAAUUCUGUGGUAUAAUAAGUCGUUUAUUUGAGAAGAAGAAAAGAUCAAAACCCCCGAAAAAUUCUUAAAACUAUCAAGCGGAGCAGGAAGCCGAUUGAAUCAAAAAUUGGACAGGAAUCAACAACCAAUAUGUUUGGCCAUCUCAAUUUGCUGGCCGCUCUGUUUUUCAUCGGCACACUGAAAGAUUACAGCGUAGCUGGGCUAAAACUGACCGAGGUUCGCAUUCCGAUGCACGUGAUGAAGGGCUCCGCGGCGCAGUUGGAGUGUCUGUACGAUCUGGACGGGGAGGCCCUCUACUCGGUGAAAUGGUAUAAGGACGGCAACGAGUUCUACCGCUAUGUGCCGCGGGACAUGCCGCCGGCCCAGACCUUCCUGCUGCCCGGCGUUAACGUCGAUCUGCACAACUCGAGCGACGCGAUUGUUACGCUGCGGAACGUCAAUCUGCAGUCGGCGGGCCGCUUCCGGUGCGAGGUUUCUGGCGAGGCGCCCUCCUUUCAAACGGUCACCGAGCACGGCGACAUGAUUGUUGUGUCUCUUCCGGACCAAGGACCACCAAAAAUCAUAGGCGGACGUCCGCGUUACCAAAUCGGAGACUAUGUUCGAGUGAACUGUACCGCUGGACGCUCCAAGCCCGCCGUAAAACUAUCUUGGCAAGUGAAUGGAGAGCCCGUUGACCUGCAGAAACUCCGCAAAUAUGACAAUAUUGUAUCGGGACGGGAAGGUCUUGAGACCUCUGUGCUGGGACUGCAAUUCCGGGUGGAGCAGAAACACUUCCGCAACGGUGACAUGAAACUUAAGUGCAUAGCCGAGUUGUCGUCCUUGUACUGGAGGAGCAACGAGGAGUCCGUGGAGGGCGACCGGCCGCAAAAGGCGCCCGUGCUCGAGUCAAGGGAAACGGUCUACGCCAGCAACUCGCGCGCCGAUCCCGUCCAAGGUACGUCUUACCGGGAAUUAUUUGUGACCAAAAUCUUAUCGCUCUUGUUCGUCCAUCCAAACGCAGCCAGUUCCACGGCCCCGCCUCCUUCAACAUCCGCGCCCUUCGUCCUUCUGCUGGUGGCGCUGGCGGUGGUGGUGGCAACCCUGGCGGAAGGGAUCGCAACAGAAGUAGAUAUAGAUAAGAUAUCGAUGGAUCCGAGGACCGCCACUGAAGGAAUGGCGAAAGGAACUCCGCAGGCGAGUGAGUUGCUGGCCGACCGCGAGGAGGAAAUUUGCAGGACGAGAAACGGAGAAUCCGCGACGCAGCUGGCAAAAAGCUCCAUUGCUGUACGGUAGCUCCAUUAAGCCAUAGAACGGCGUUUUCCCUCCACAAACACACACACUUUUCACCGAUUUUUCCGUCUUCGCUUCGCAUAGAAUUACAAACAAAGAAACUCACAAAAAAUCAAAAACAGGAAACAAUUAAUAAAAGAAAAUGUAAAUCAAGCAAAACGAAUAGAAUGCAGCCAAUUUAUUUAUGUCGUUAACAAAAGCUUUCAUAAAUUUAAUUUUUAACAAAAAUCAUAAACUAUCUAGAGCAUAAAUUACAAAUACUAAAAUUUAAUUGUGUGAAAUCGAGAAAAAUUGUGAAAGAUGUGAGAAAGCAAAUGUUUUAGCUCUCUACGGAAAUGUUAAGUCCCGUGUCAAAAUAAAAAAGCAACUGUAAAUAGUUAAUGUUUAAUAUAUAUAUAUAUUUAUGUAACUGUAUUGUAUGUUAUUAAUUGUUAAGCUCACUCACACACAAAAAAGAAACAGAAUUUAAAUAUCACAAAAACGAAAUAAAGAAAAAACCAUGAAAAACAACAAGAGUUGGUCAAUGCAAAAUACGAGUUUAACAGAAAGAAAUAUGGAUAAAUAUAAUAGAAACAGUACUUCUAAGUUUGUGCUAGCCGAGUAAAGUUAAAAAAAUGUUAAGCAAAUAUACAUGCUUAAAUAGGUGAGGUGUGUACAGUGCGUAGCGAAAGUAUGAACCUCUAAAUAUUUUAAUACCAAUUGAUAUACGUGUAUGUCUGAACUAUAUCCACAGUAUAAGGAAAGUGCAUCAAAUCAAUUUAAAUUUUUUGGAUACUUACCAAAUUAUUUCUACUUCCUUGUCUGGCCUAUAUAAAGUUGGUUUGACCUAUAAAUACUUUUGUUAUGCACUGCAAAGCUAAUACACAAAUUCAUCUCAAAUAACUUCAAAUGAUGAUUGUAGUUGAUUUUAAUCUACUAUGAUUUAUCUAUAAACUUUCGUUGUUCGUUGAGCAUGCAUUUAAUAAUGUGAAAUUGUAAUUAGGUAAUCUUGAAUAAUGCUAAGGAUAAGAAUUCACAUUAAAAGCAAACCAAAAAGCACUUAAUUUAAAAUUAAACAAAAAAAAAAAAAAUGAAAUGGAAAGAGAGAAAAACUAAUCAAAGCUAGAAAUUACAACUUGGUGACUGUUGGAAAAGUCUUAAAACUAACAAAAACAUAUCGUACAUUUAUAUGAAUUGCCAAAGUCUUAAUGGGUAUUAAAUAAAAGCGAGUGCGUGCUUCUGUGUGUGUUUGAUCCAUCCUUAAAAACAAAUAACAUUCCGGGUUCGAAUUAGCCAUCAUCCAGAAGGAAAUGUAAACCGUUUAGUUAGCAAAUUGUUAAAACAAAUAGCAAAAGUCAAAAGAGGAUAAAUAAUGCAAACAAAUUUUAACAAUAGCUAAAUGAUUGUGACGAAGCCUUAAAAACAAAGUUGAACUCAAUUCAGAUAUGAAAUUAAGUGGAAUGAAACAAAAUCAAAUCAAAUGAAAUGGAUUUUAUUGUGUAAAUAGAACGACGUUUUGUCCAUGAAUUCCAUUCUGUUUUUCCCAUUGGUGUCCAUAAUUUCUGUGUGUAUAUAUGAUAAAUGAGCUAACUAAAUUAAAGUUAAGAUGGCAGUAGCAGUAAAACAAAAAUCACAUAAACAAAACAAAAAGCCAGAGCCAAUUUUACCAUUAAGCGAAAAACAAAGAAAAAAAUAUUAAUUAUACAUUUAAAUAUCGAUGAGCGGACAUUCAAAUGCUAAUUGAGUACAAUUGUGAACGCGUGACAGGGUGAUUGCGUGUGCGAAUGGGAAUUUAAGCAUAGAUAUAGUAUAAAUUUAAACACACACACAUAUAUAAAUCUGCAUUGUUGUCAACUGUAACUGUUUUUUAAGUCUUAUUUAAUAUCGAUGCCAUUAACUGCAAUUAACAGGAAAAUUACUAAAUACAAAAACAUAAAACAAUGCAAAAGUACUAAAAAAAAACUAUAAAUUGCAUUAAAGUUAAUUCGAAAAACAAAACAUGAAUGUGUGGUAAUUGUAAGUGUAAAUUAUUUGUGUAUUUAAAUAACAACUUUUAGAUGUAUAAAAUGGCAAGCAAAUAAAAAGCGAAAUGCAUUCGAAUCUAUACGAUAAACUUUAUGUGAAACCGUAAACAAUUCAAACCUAAGAAAAUAGGAAUUAUUUACAACUCAACUCAAAUCAAAUGCCAUAAAGUAACUUCAACAGAAUUUAAAUGCCAGACGAAGAGGAGAAGUCUCUGUAAAUAUCUUUAAGCCUCAUUCAAUGUGCGAACCUUAUUCGCAGGCGAUCCAAAAAGAAACGAAGAAUUGUGAAGUAAAAGAGCGGAAAUUCAUUAAUAAAACAUAUUUGUUUCAAAAUCAA